AUGUACUCCACUCAGCCGAACGGAGCUGAUAGUGCGACAAUCAACCCGGCUGCCCUCAACUCUUCUGGCGACUCCAACAACCCAAGAAAACGUGGAAAACCUUUGAAGGGAAGAACACCCGGAAGCAUCUCCGAGACCGCCGGCCAGGUCCCCGUUCCCAACAUGCCUCAAACUAUCCCGCCACCGCAAACCCCCCAAAAUCAGGCCGCGCCGCUGCCAGGAGGACAGGCCGUCGCGUAUGCGCCUACGCAAGCGUCUCCUCCGCCGAAGACCACCCCGACCAAGACCACGCUGAAGGCCCUGCCGACCGUCAGAGACCACACGACCGAUCAGCUCAACGCCGCCGGUGAUGAAUACCUCCCGAGGGAAAUCGAUGAGUUUGGAGAGAAGAAGGUGAUGCCGAACGGCCAGCUCCUGGGUGGCCGCGAGUACAAAUGCCGGACGUUUCUGGUUCCCAACCGUGGGGAUAAACUCUUCAUGCUGGCUACGGAAUGCGCGAGGGUUCUGGGAUACCGCGACUCUUACCUCCUCUUCAACAAGAACAGAUCACUUUUCAAGAUUAUCGCCAGUCAGCCCGAGAAGGACGACCUCGUCAGCCAAGAGAUUCUGCCGUUCUCCUACCGAUCACGGCAGAUUGCCAUCGUGACGGCACGAUCCAUGUUCCGUCAGUUCGGCAGCCGCGUUAUCACAAACGGCCGAAGAGUUCGUGACGACUACUGGGAGACCAAGGCCCGCAAGCAGGGAUUUACCGAGGCCGAUCUGGCUGGUGAGAAACGCCCUGGGGCGGCCAAGCAAAGAGCAGCCGAAGCCGAAGCGCAGAACCAGGUCAUGGGCCUCGGAGGUCCUCAUGGAGAAAUCGUCUACAGCAACACGCCCAGCCAAUUCCCCGGCGCCCCUCAACCUCAAAUCGUCCAACCAGAGCUCAGUGACAACCGACCCCGUGACUACAGCGGAAUCCUCAAAGGCGGCCCUCGCCAGGAGAUCACCGGCCCGGCCUACCAGGACCAGACACGCCCCGCCCAGAUUGGAGAAGUUCACGCUCAGGCGCACCACGCUGCCGAGUACAACCGUUCGCUUAACCAACAGCGCGACAUGCGCGGUGACUAUCUUCAAGGCAUCUGGAGGAGGCCGCACGAGCAGCCUCAGUCAUCGAACCUCACACAGGCCGUUGCCACGAGUGACGCUGCAGUCCCGACGACGCGAGCGACCCAGUCACCGCACACCACAGCGAGCGGCAUGCCGCAAACCAGCAUCGUGCCAAACCAAAGCCCCCAGAUGAUGAUGACGGCCCCUCCAUACUCCCAAUCGAUCCAUGCGCAGAACCCGAUCAGUCAGGCUCCGAUGAGAGGUAUGGCCCAACCAUCUUCCCAAAAGAACAACAAGCCAACGACUUUGCCUGCAGCAGGGAGCGCGAGCAGCAUGCCGCAAGGCGCCCAGCAGGGCUAUCACUACCCUGCAUCUGGCCAAAUGUGGCCCCAACAGCAACAGCAGCAGCAGCAGCAGCCGCAGCAGCAGACCCCCCAACAUAACUACUCGGGGUACACGACGCAGAACCAACAAUCGCACCAACAAUCGCCAGCACCUCAGCUUCGACACUCCUCGAGCGGUGUACAGCCGGCGAUGCAGUUUUCUGGGAUGCCUGGUAUGGGACAAAGUUACGCUGGACAAGGAAUGUACUCCGCGGAUCAGACUCCUCGGCAGUACAUGCCCCAGCCGAACCAAGGCUCUCCGGCGGUUACACAGGCCUGGUCCAACCAACAGACGCCGGCGCAGUGGUGGACAAACCAGCCUCAAUGA